GGUCUCUCUCCUAAGAUGGUCACUGAUCCCAUAAAAGAAAUCAGUCUCAGCCAGCGAUAGUGUCCUGCUCAAGGCAACAGACAUGUCGGAAUUUCUGGAAGACCCGUCUGUGCUCACUAAAGAUAAGCUUAAAAGUGUACUGUUGGCCCAUAACGUGGCUUUGCCGAACGGCGACCAGAGGAAGGACGUGUACGUGCAGCUGUACUUGAAGAAUCUGACCGCGCAAAACAAAAAGAGCAGCGGCUCUCCAGAUGUCUUCUCCAGCGACGAGGAACUCCCUCCAGCCCCCGUGGUCUCCAACAGGAGCCGCUCUGGCAGGAAAGCCACCAGAAAAACUGACAAAGUUCGUCCGGAGGAUGUUGACGUCACUGAAUUGAGCAACGAGGGUUUGAAAGACCUGUUGCUGAAGUAUGGCCUGAAUGCUGGACCCAUUGUUGCGUCCACUCGGAAGGUCUACGAGAAGAGGCUUCAGAAGCUGCUGGAUCAGGGUCCUCCUGAGGCUGUGGCCCCUCCUUCAGAAACAUCACAGACAGACGGCAGCCAGAACGGCAACACAGACUCGGACCAUUACAGCGACAAGGAAGAAGAAACCGUAGCUCCAGCCCCUGUGUUUGUGCCCGAACCCGAACCGGAAGUCGAGCCUGAACCCCUCCCAGUUGUGGAGAGACCAGUCAGGAGCCGAGGGAAAACGCCAGUGACCAGCAGAACACGCAGUGGCCAGCACAACAAGGAGGAUGAGGAGGAGGAAGAUUGGCCAGUUUUGAAUGUUAAGAGAAAGCUGAAGAGAUCUUCUCACAGGCUGGAUCAGAUGGUUCCCGCCAGCGACGACACCGUAACUCAAUCUGAGAACUCUGAGCUCUCAUCUGCAGAGUACUUUCCUGUUUCCCAAGACAGGAGGAGAACAGGAUAUGUGGCAGCAAGAAAAGAGCCCAGACCUUUGCUUACAGACAGGACAUCAAAGCUCUCGUCUAAGACUGAAUAUCUGAAGCGACGCAGUGCACCAGUCCACUCAUUUCGACCUGAUUUGAACGAGGCUCCCGCCACUGAUAAGGAUUUCUUUGAGCACACAGUAGUGAAGGAGGUGUCUGUUCCUCUGGUGAGGAUAAAAGCACAUCCUUUGGCAGUGCCAAAGGAACCCAAACCCUCAAAGCGCUCCUCCAUGUCUGCGGCUGACUGGUCAGAAACACUAAAACAUCACAACUCUUCUUACCAGUCCACCAUAUCCAGUUUACAUGGUGCCGGUCCUGUUGACAAGUUUGAUGAGAAUGCCGCUGACAUCAUUUCCCCUCCGAUUAGACCGUCCAAUCGAGAGCCGCUAGUUUCCCUUGUUAACACUGCUUGCAUUGAGGUUGAUGGCCAGGGUAUGCAGGACAUCCUGAGCUGUAGAUCUGCGAGCCGUACUCCUGUGGCUCAGGAAGUCAAAUCUGUCUCUGUAUCAAAGUUCUCAAAGCCUCAUUUGUGUCAGAACAAACCUUCCAAACCCUUGAUAGACAUAAGGUCCCAUCUUUCACCUUCCUGCGAUGGCCAAAGCGAUGUUUUCCCAUCACACUCAGUUUCUUAUAGGGACUCCCGUGUGGCUCCAGAGGACUCUCUUCCCGUCUCGUAUGACCUUUCCCAGGGGAGCUGUGGCUCACCAGAAACCCAGCCCAAGACAAGACAGUCCAAAAUCACUCCUUUCCUCUCCCAAAUCACUUCUGUCCAAGGACUUGAUGGCAGCCAGACGGAGACACCAAAGAAGGAGACGGUGGAAAAGGUGUCGGCCAUUGAUCAGACCCCAAGGACGGUAGAGAGAGAUGUGCUAAAAGAGAUCUUUCCCAAUGAAAACCUCAGCACUCCCACUGGAAUCAGUGCCACCUGUCGCCGACCAAUCAAAGGAGCAGCCGGCCGGCCCCUGGGUGAGACAUGGCUGGACGAAUCCCGUCUCCGUUAUACAGAGUUCAGAGAAAGCAGCUCGUCUUCCUACAAAGAGACCCGAUCUGUUCCACGUGUGGCCGCCGUCCCUCUAGCCGCUUCCAAGCCUGCGGCGCCCCCUGCUGUGAAGACCAGAGCGCGGCGCAGCCUGCCGGUGUGGGUGCAGCUUCUGCUGCUGAGUGCGGUCGCUGGAUUCCUGUUCUUUGUCUACCAGGCCAUGGAGACUAAUGAGGUCGGACUCUUCAAGCAGAGCGGGGCAGAUGAUAGCACUAGCAAAUGAACGUCAUGCAGUUUACCCAAGUCUUUGCCCUCUUUAUCAUACUCAGACUCAGCCAGUGCUUCUCUCUGUUGAUUCAGCAGCCGUGGACUUUUACCUGAGAUCUUUAUAUAUUCAUACAAAGACUGAAACUCACAGAUUUUGCAUUGUUUUCUCUGCUAUAUAUAUCCUCUUUGAGAUGAACUGGUUUAGAGGAAUGAAACCCGGUUUUAAUUUUAAAAAUCACUUUUCUUGCCUUUUGUAUGUUUGUCUCGUUUUGUGUUUUCUUUCUAAUUUUACAGAUUAAUAGUGGUGCUGUCCAUAAAUGGAAGUCUAAUUGAGUCGAAGUGCUGAAGGAUUUGGCUAAAAACACUUUUGUUUGCAAACUACAUUUAGUGUCUACUUGUGACAAUAUUUUUGCAUUUAUUUUCACAUGUAGCUCUUUAAAGGUGCCGUAUCCAUCUUAUCGUUGAUGUAGUAUUUAUGUACCUGUUGUUGAAAUACAAAUAUUUUCAAUAAACUGUUUUGCAAUGUAUUGUGGAAGAUAACGCUAUUUUACUAUUUUUAUUAUAAUUUUAAUCAUUUCAUGUUUGUUAUUUCAGUAUCUUGGAAUCACAAGUUGUUUUAUAAAGCAUAACAUUUCAGCAAUUAACUUGAACAGCGUAAUACCACCAACUGAAAGAGAUGUUCUGUCAAAGCUUGUAUUUGUUUGCUAAAAUUUGAAAUGUAUACACUAUAAAUUGUCACUAUUAAAAUUUAAAUGACUUUUUUUUUUUUUUUUUUUUUAAAUAUGACUUUGAAACAGAAUUUGGGUUAAAGGGAUAGUUCACCCAAAAAUGAAAAUUGUCGUCAUUUACUCACCCUCAAGUUGUUUCAAACCUGUAUAAAUUUCUUUGUUCUGCUGAACACAAAGGUAGAUAUUUUGAAGAAUGUUGGUAACAAAACAGUUUUUUUGUUUUUUGUUUUGUUUUUUGUUUUUUCCAAUGAUGAAAUGAUGUCCCACAACUGUGCUUACAAACAUUCUUUAAAAUAUCUUUGUGUUCAGCAGAACAAAGAAGUUUAUACAGAUUUGGAACAACUUGAGGGGGAGGAAAUGAUGACAGAAUUUUCAUUUUUGGUUGAACCGUCCCUUUAAUAAACAUAAGAUCCUGAUACUUGAUAUAUUACAUUGGUAGAACUGGACAAGGAGUAAAAUGCCCAUCAUUAUGCUGUUUUCUCUGCUUUUACCAUUUACCAUUUAAUAUUUCUGAAUCUGUAUUUAUUUUACGUUAUAAGGUGCUGAGAGGAUUCAGGUACUUUUUAUGUAUAUGACAGGAUAUGGUUUAAUAAAGCAUUUUGCCUUGUAUCAUCUA